AUGACCUCCAUUGACGAGAUGGAGGAGUUUGUCAACUGGGAUAGGGCCGGCGCCUGUGUUGGCCACGACUCUUUUGGCAACCUCCACACCAGCAACACCAACAUUGACCCCACGCUGGCAGGCAUGGCCGCUGACCCUGACGCCGAGAACAUGGGUCUCGUCUUUGAGAAUGUCAACGAGGACGACUUCAGCUUCCAUGCCAUCGAGCACUUUUCCCAGAACACCGGCGCCCUUCCCGGGCUCGGUGCCGGCCUGGAUGAUGCUCUUAUCGAUCUCCCCAUGGACGGCACCCCGGCACUGGACUUGCUCGAGAACACCGCCUCGCCUUGCUCCAGCUGUGCCAUGGGCGGCUACUCGUGCAAGAAGAUAAGGGAAGGUCGAUACAAGGGCUACUGCACCAGCUGCGUCGCCCUCCGCGUCGAGUGCAGCUUCGCCCGUUCUGCCUCGAGCAGCUUCGACUGGGGCGACUCAUCCGCUCUGUUCCCGAGCAAUCCUUGGCCCAUCAUGGGAGACCACCCUAAUACCAUCAGUAACCAAGAGCUACUCAGUGACCAGCGACAGGCUGGAACCAACUCGCCAGCCAUCGACGCGUUCAAUCUGUCAACCAGCAACCCGGCUGACGACGGUGGCAUCCUUGCGCCGAAACCCGGCCCGCCUCCCAAGAUUGGUGCCCGCUUCUCGCGGGAGUCGGUUCGCAUCUUGAAGAACUGGCUCUCUUCCCACAACCGCCAUCCUUAUCCCAGUGACGAGGAGAAAGAGGCGUUGCAGCGGCAGACAGGCUUGAAUAAGACGCAAAUCACAAACUGGCUCGCCAACGCCAGACGCCGUGGCAAGGUCCAAGCACCGCGAUCAACGUCGCCGCACCCGGGCAACUGGUCAAGCUCAAUCGAUAUUCCCCAGAGGCGCGGGACUCCGGCGCUCGAGGCCAUGAACCCGCUUCAGCGUUGGGAGCACUCUCCGCCGGAACAUGAACCCGCUUCCGUGACUGCCAUUGCGAGGGCCGUCACGGCUUCUUCCUCUUCAGCUUUGUCUUCCGGGCUUAACAGCCCCUUCAGUUUCAAUUAUACCGAUGACAGUUCCAGCAGGUCGCUCUGCAACCAGUCUUCGACCAGCUCGCUGGGCACAUCACACUCGAGCAAUGGGUCUCGGGGGUCAGCUUACUCGCACGGCUCGCGCAACUCUUGGGGCUCUUUUGGCUCGGCUCCCUUCAGCAGCCGGGGACGCCGUCGUCGACGGCGGAGGGCGACGCCCAAGCUCGGAAAGGAGACCACCACCUCCCUGGCGGUCCCUCUCAAGACUUUCCAGUGUACUUUCUGUACCGAGACUUUCCGGACCAAGCACGACUGGCAGCGGCAUGAGAAAUCGCUUCAUUUAUCUUUGGAGCGAUGGGUCUGUGCUCCUGACGGCCCCCGCGCCGUCAACCCGGAAACCGGCGUGCUAUCCUGCGUCUUCUGCGGGUUGGCCAACCCGGAUGACGCCCACAUGGAGAGCCACAAUCAUUCGGCUUGCCAAGAGCGCACGCUGGAGGAGCGGACCUUCUAUCGGAAGGACCACCUCAACCAGCACCUACGCCUUGUUCACAACGUCAAGUUCAUGGACUGGUCCAUGAAGCAGUGGAAAGUUGCCACCCCCGAGAUCCGGUCUCGGUGCGGUUUCUGCGGCAUCGUGAUGGACACGUGGACCAUUCGUGUUGACCACCUGGCGGAGCACUUCAAGACUGGUUACUCCAUGGCUGACUGGAAGGGUGACUGGGGUUUCGAUGUGCCCGUGCUCGACAUGGUCGAGAACUCCAUUCCUCCUUAUCUCAUUCAUCAUGAGCGCAUAUCGCCCCUGCCAUAUGUAGCCAACUCGUCGCCGCCCGAGUCCCCGCGAAACGCCUACGAACUCAUCAAACUGGAACUGGCCUACUUCGGCGCCAACCACUGGGAGCAGCACCAACAGGCACCAACCGACGAGGAGAUGCUGCUCGAAGGGUGUCGUAUCAUUUUCGCCUCGGAACUUUUAUCGCUGCAGGGAAUCGCGACCCAGGACUCGUGGCUCCGUGACAUUAUCAUGAGCGCGCACGACACUGCGCAAAAGGCCAGGUUCGGUCCCCUUCGUGGCGCCGCCGAAAGCAGGCUGGCGACUCUCAAAAUUAACGGCAAGGACAACCUUUUCGAGGAGUGCCCGAUGGAGAUUCAGCUGCAGGGCUUUGUCAAGGCUAAGCGGCUAUUGGGGCUAACGGCUAUGGACGACGAGUUGCAAGAGGAGGCCUGUAAGAUUGUGGGCAGGGUUGAAGAGGUAUGCACGCAUCCGUCCGAGACGGUUGCCAACUGGCUGCUGCGGCUCAUCAAGAAUUCGACUGGUUGGCUCGCUGCCUUCCGUCGCCGCGCACACCUGCCGCGGAGUGAGGACGUCCAAGACGAGGCCGUCCGUUCCACUGACCCUAAGUCCAUCGACUCGACAAUCCACAGCUACUCCAGACUGGAGUGUGAGUUGACCGACUUCUUGAGGAUCCAGCGGUCCCUGGGCAUUGAGCCGACGGAUGAGGAUUUGCAGCGGCAAGCCCGUAUCAUCAUCUACGAGUUCGACGAUGGAUGGAACCAGACUGCGGCAGACAAUGUCCAGUGGCUCGAUGCUUUCAAGGAACGCCACCCGCCGGAGCAGACAUCCAAGAGAGCACCAGUCAACUGCCGCGACGUCGUGGAGCCGCCGUCGACCACGCAAGGCUCGGGAUCGACCCAGUCGCCGACGCAGUCCUCCAGGUCAGGAGGCUUCAACGACUUUUCCGACCUCAUCAAAGGCAAUCAGCCCGUCCCGUUUUUCCUCAACGACGCCAACUGCUAUCGCAGGCUGGCGAGGGAGCUGCGGCGCUGGGUCAAGUCGACCAUGUCGCCAAACAACCCCAGCAGGCAUGUGCCCACGGACGAUGAGUUGCAGUACCAAGCACGCUGGAUUCUCUACGACGACGAUGACCCAUGGAACCAAACAGCCGCAGACAAUGCUGAGUGGCUGCAGCGCUUCAAGCGUGACGUGGGGAUCUUGAAGGAGCCUGGGCCCGGGCUGCCCAAGGGCUACGCAUGGGCCCUGGAGCAGGGCGGCACCGGCUUCGCGCCACCGUACGCGUUUCCAAAGGGACAUUUGGAGCCGUACAACGAAGACGUCCAGGUCAAUAUGCGCCAAGGCGCCAAGUCGUUUACUGCGAACCACUCGGCCGCCAACAGCUUCCUCGAGACCCUCACGUCAGGCAACACUCGCCCGGCGAACGUGUUUUGCUCGCGGGAGCUUGAGGCGGGGCUUGUCGAGUUGGCGGAGAAGACCAUCACCGCUACGGGUCAACUUCCCUCGGAUCAAUCCCUGAAAGCCAAGGCCAAGGAGAUUAUUCACUCACCCUUGACGGCGGCCGACGACCCAGUGCUGCUGGAAAAGUUCAAGACGUGGAUGCAGGACAAGUUUCCGCACGCCACGGCGGCGGCAUCUGAUGACACUGUGGCUGACCUGCCGUUGCUGCCGACCAAUAUGGAGAUUAAUAUCUCGGACGCCGAGCUGGGCAACAUGCUCCAGGAGAUGGAUUUUGACUUCAACACGGCCGACAUGAACAUCGACAUGGGGAUGGUAGAGGACCCUGAGGAUGAUGGCGGGGUGAGGCUAAGCCUGUCUGGAUUUAAUGACUAG